GUAUUUGGAUACAAAGUCAGCCCUUGGAGCUGACAGCUUGGUCCAUGGAAUAGCUCGCAUUUUACAGGGAGAAAAGAAACGGGGGCAAUAAACAAUUCGAUUUGAGAUGGAGGACAGACUGACCAACUACGCUAUCUGAGGGGAAGAAUACAUUUUAUCGGCGGAAUUAGGUUAUGUGUACAACGAAUGGGAGGAAUAUUCCAGCGUUCUGAUACGCCCAUGCGACGAGGUGUAUGGAUGUUGUGAUGUACAGUGAACGACCAAGGCAACAAUAAGAAACAUAUGAAUACAGAAAACCGGAUAUUUUUAGAGGACGCCUGGAAAUACGCAUGGAUACAAUGCCAAUGUCUGGAUUAUAAGAUUUUUUGCAGUUGGUGCAGAAUAUAAUAGAAACUAGGUGGCUAUUUAUUAUUAUUAUUAUUAUAAAGAUGGUGGAGGCACUUUCUGCUGGCUUAAAUUUAAACAACAGAAACACAUUAUGGAGAAGACUUUCGUCGCUUAAUCACCAUCACCUCGUCCAGGAUAAAAGUCAUCUUUAUGCAAGCCAUCCGCACCUCUCUCUUUUCUCAUAAAGGCAACAUAUAUCGCAAUUUAUAUAAUACCAAACAGCCAAUACCAAGCCGAAGUUUCUCUUUAGUGUUUCUUGAUCUAUAAAUACAGGCAACAUCUUCACGAAUUAGCUGCUCUAUUUGACAAUAACAGGUCUGCUGACAAAAAUGACAAUCAUGGAAAAUGAAGAGGAAAUUAUCGAAUGACCUGCAUAUGCGAUUCACAGAAACCAGACGAAGUCCAGUGGUCAGUGGCUUUGACUUCGAAGUGGAUUAAAAUGCAAACCACCGUAGACCCGUAGUAGCGAUAGUUACAUUUAUCCUAAGAUUAAUUCAUUUAAAUACGAAUAGAUGCCUUUUCUAUUUGCGUAACGCCAAAUGCUAGAAGUGUAGGAAAUAUUCAGCCUCGAUUUAAGCAAAUGGCACUGCCAUCACUUUUGUGAUUCACAAUUUAAAAUGGAAGCGAGCUUUCUUUAAAGGCUAUUUAAAGACGUAAACUGGCUUAAAUCGUUAACGAUUUACAAGAUUUGCACGUGACGAAUAGAAAGGCGAGGACAAAUUUGAAGGAUAUGGCGAUAUUUAGGAGUGUUUUGAUCUCGCGAGCAGGUGCAUUUCUUUUAGCCAAUCACAUUUGAGCUCUGGGAAAGAUGCCUUAAACCAGCGCAUACGUGUCUUUUAAUGCUGUUAAUAUUAAUUCAGCAUAUAUUGCAAAAUAAGAACACAUGUGCAUUCACAUUCAUAAAUAUUUAUAUCUAAGUUUUCCAAGGAUCCGGGCAAAUUGUGAGACGAUCCAUCUAGUCCUAUCAUAAUUCUGUAGUAAUAUUCGUUUUAUUCUUUUUGAAGGAUCGAGGCUUUUUAAUGGAAAAGUCCCAUUGAGGUAUCUGAUAAACGUCAUAAUCUCAAACACUUUGAAUUUGAUGUUUCUCUAUGAAAAACAAUGGAGAACUCUCAUUCACUGUUGUCAUCAAUCAUAUUGGACUGAACAUUUGUCUAAAGGUGCAAGGCUCUAUACAUGUUAAGACACACACAAAGUGCGCUGCGUACAAUCAAUGAGAACAGUGUGGGGUCAGCCCAUCAGAAGCAUUUCUUAUUGAAUUCUUCCCUCAUCAAAAAGGCCUAUUCGGUAGAUGAGCCCUGCAUGGAUAUUGUGUGUGAGUUGACAGAGGGCUUCCUCCAGCUAUUGAGACCGCAUCGCUGACCUGUGCACUCAGUGAUGGACCAAUACACAAGAGGGAGUGGAGUAGGAGCUGGAGGCGGUGGAAGUGGCACGCCUCUACCUUGCACCAGCAGUGGAGGCUCCUGUGGACCCCCGCUUCCCCCAAAUACAACUACAACACCUUGUCUGACACAGGAAGAGACCAGCAGUAGCUGGAACUCCUCUACUCUUUCAUCUUCAGUGGGAUCCCCAGAUUCCCAUCUUCCCAACCAUCACGAAGGGAGUAAGCCUUUCUGGACGGCUGUGUUUGAUUAUGAGGCCACAGCGGAUGAGGAGUUGACCCUACGACGGGGUGACCUACUGGAGGUCCUCUCCAAGGACUCCAAAGUGUCUGGAGAUGAGGGCUGGUGGACCGGCAAGAUCCAGGACAAGGUGGGCAUAUUUCCCAGUAAUUACGUGAUCCGACGGGACGCCAGCUACCCCAUGCUUCCUCCCGAAGGCCUGGUUGGUGGGGAGUCUCCACUAGAGAUUGACUUCUCAGAGCUGUGCUUGGAGGAGGUGAUUGGCGCCGGUGGAUUUGGAAAGGUGUACAAGGGAGUAUGGAAAGAUGAGGAGGUGGCUGUUAAAGCGGCCCGUCAGGAUCUAGAUGAGGACAUCAGUGCCACUGCGGAGAAUGUCAGGCAGGAGGCCAGACUCUUCUGGAUGCUACGACACCGCAACAUCAUCGCUCUACAAGGUGUUUGCCUACGAGAGCCAAAUCUUUGCCUGGUUAUGGAGUAUGCCCGUGGCGGGGGGCUUAAUCGGGCACUUGCUGGGAAAAAGGUGCCCCCUCGGGUGCUGGUGAAUUGGGCAGUGCAGAUUGCGAAUGGAAUGGACUAUCUGCACAACCAGACAUUUGUGCCAAUCAUCCACAGAGACCUCAAAUCCAGCAACAUUCUGAUUCUGGAGCCCAUAGAGAGAGACGAUCUGACCGGGAAGACUCUGAAGAUCACUGACUUUGGGCUUGCACGAGAAUGGCAUUGCACCACAAAGAUGAGCGCUGCCGGCACGUAUGCCUGGAUGGCACCAGAGGUCAUCAAACUGUCCCUGUUCUCCAAAAGUAGUGAUGUGUGGAGUUUUGGAGUGUUACUCUGGGAGCUGCUGACUGGUGAGGUCCCAUACCGUGAAAUCGAUGCUUUGGCUGUGGCCUACGGUGUUGCCAUGAACAAGCUGACCCUCCCCAUCCCAUCCACCUGCCCUGAACCCUUUGUACAACUGCUCGGAGAGUGUUGGUGUCCUGACCCACAUGGUCGUCCACCUUUUGGGAGUAUCCUGAAGAGACUGCAGGCCAUUGAACAGUCAUCCAUGUUCCAGAUGCCCCUGGAGUCUUUUCAUUCCCUGCAGGAGGACUGGAGACUGGAGAUCCAGCAGAUGUUCGAUGAGCUACGAGCGAAGGAGAAGGAGUUGCGUUCUUGGGAGGAAGCGUUGGCACGGGCCGCUGAGGAGCAGAGGGAGCAGGAGGAGCAUCUGAGGAGGCGCGAGCAGGAACUAGCCGAGCGGGAGAUUGACAUCGUGGAAAGAGAGCUCAACAUCAUUAUCCAUCAAAUGUACCAAGAAAAGCCUCAUGUCAAAAAGCGCAAGGGCCACUUCAAAAAGAGCCGGCUCAAACUGGGCCGGGACAGCAACUGCAUCAGUCUGCCCUCUGGUUUCGAGCAUAAGAUCACAGUUCAAGCUUCUCCUAGCGUGGACAAGAGGAAGGGUCAGGGCACUGAAAGCACCACUCCUCCGGCUAGCCCUGGAGUCAUUCCUCGUCUAAGAGCGAUACGCUUGACACCGAGUGAUGGGAGGAAGACGUGGGGCCGUACUGCAGUGUGUAAGAAAGAAGACUUUGCAGGAACCAAGAAGAAGGGCCGAACAUGGGGACCAAGCUCCACACAUCAGCGCGAGAGACAAGGUGGAGAAGACAGACUAAAGUCUCUUGGGGAGGGGAAGGUGUGGUCCUCCAGUGCUCCAAAUUUAGGGAAGUCUCCAAAACAUGCUCCCAUGACAGCGGGAUUCUCGAGCUUAAAUGAAAUGGAGGAGCACAGUGAGUUUGAAGAUACUUCCCCAGCUCGACUGGCGCCUGAGUUGAGCAGUAAUGGAGCCAUGGAGGAGAUAGGCUCCGGGUCGACAGGUGUAGGGCUGGCAAUAGGCUCGCAAGAUUCACUUCGACGAUUUAGUCAAAGAAAGAAAAGUGACUUGCUGCUUUUGAGAUGUGCUUCUAUACUGGCUGCUGUGGGCCUUGGUUCUGACAUCUUCCAACUGGGCCGACAACAGAUGAAUCAAGAUGAGCAAGACCUGCGAGAGGAACAGAGGAAAAAGAAGGAGGGCCUGUUCCAGCGCACGGGCCGAUUCAGACGCAGCACUUCUCCGCCCAGCCGUACACUGUCGCUCUCCCUCUCCCAAAACCGCCAUCACGACUCUACCCUGCCCACCAUGGACCCGUCUCCCUCAGUAACGCUCCUUUCUCUUUCUUCCCUCUCCGACUGCAACUCCACCAAAUCCCUGUUGCCCUCUGACCCUGAUGACUUCACUCCCACCCCAAGCAGCGCCCUCCCGGUGGUCUCUCCCGCUCCAUCAUUAAACCCUCUGCUGGAUCUGAAGGCGGAGAGCUUUAAACGAGAGCCCAAUCAGUCUCUCACACCCACACAUGUCUCUGUAACAAUGGCACUGAAUCGCGGGCACCGCAGGACGCCCUCUGACGGUGCCAUCCGUCCACGAGCACAGACGGUCGUGGGGCAUCGCCGCACCCCCUCUGACGGGAGCAUGCCCUUUCUUCCUACACCUGCACCUACCAUCACACCACUCACAGGUUCUCGUGAAAUUCUCGACAUUCCACGCCUACCCGACCCAUCUAUCGUCCACCCCCCUUCCCAUCGACGUAAACCCCCUCCUCCUCUCCCAGUGCCGGAUCCGGAGAGCCACACCGGCACGCUCGAGCGUCCCAAAACUCUCGAGUUCGCCCCCCGACCCCGGCCGACCCCAGCUCGAGCACGUCCCGACCCCUGGAAGCUGUCAUCUCUGUCACGGACCCUCAGUUCAUCUCCAGGUAGCAGCUGCGACAGUCCGCUGGGCUCGGGCGACAGCGGAGUGAGCACCGGGGUCGGCGUCGCCCAUCAAAGCCUUCUCGACAUGGACAUGGAAGGCCAGAGUAAGGACGGCACAGUUCCCCUGUGUGGACAACACGAACAACCCACUCUGUGCGGUCAACAUUUCUCAUAGAAACAACACAAAGACCCCACAUCCUAGACUAAUGCACUCACAACCAGCAUAUUGUGGUGGUCUUAAGAAUCAUUCCCCACUGUUUGUCCGAAGAUUCAACAAGACCACAUUUUGUGGCAGGCAGCUCUCACAGAAAAUCUGUCCUCUGCAGUGGCUAGACAGACGCCUUCUGAAAAGGGAUCGAGUUAGGAGAUAAAUGACCUUGAUUUGUUUAUCUCAGGCUGUCUGCAGUGACUCAUUGUCUCCGAGCUUAAUGGCUGAGUUCGGUUGGUUAAGUGCCAGCCUAUGGUGAUAUGCUUUAGUGAGACGUUUUAUUACCCAUGGAGCACGAGAGGGCAGUCAAACUACACCCCUAUUUCUCUGUAGGUCUGUGACCUUCCUUGUUUGUUCAUAUCUCCGUUAACACUGGGCAUGUCUCUGUUGUCUGCUCCUUGUCACAGUCUCUGUGGGGAAAACCUGUUUUUGGCCUGAAAGAAAAAUGACAUUGUUCAGCAUUAUUCCCUCCAGUGUGUACAUUGUAAUGCUUUCUUUAUGUAUAAUCAGGAAACUUGGGUAUGCAAUUAAUUGCAAUGGCAUAGGAUUCUCUUUGCAAGUUGCAUUGUAAUACAUUAACGAAGUACAGAAAUAGAUGUACUAUAAGAUUUUUUUAUUUUUAUUGAAAAAAAAGCAUCUUAAGGACUCUCUGCAAGACCUAAUCAGAAUGUGAGAGAGUCCAAAUGUGAAGCGAUUUAAAUGAAAAUUCAGUCAUCAUUUACUCACUCUCAUGUCACACUGAUGUGAAUAAAUGUAGAUAUUUUUCUGCUGCUUUUAGGUCAUUUUUCAAGCUUAAAACCCUCAAUCCCCCAAUUUAUUGUAAUUGCAUGGAAUAGCACUUCAUGACUUGAGGGUGGGUAAAUAAAUUACAGGUGAACUGUUUCUUUAAAUGUGAUGUGAUUGGCUGUGCUCAGAGCAGAGUCUUUCUCUCUGUGAGGGUAUUAAUUGUGCGUGUGUUUGAGUGCAUGUCAACCUGACUGACAACUGGAUGAGCAAACCGCUGCUCCGCUCAUUUUUUCCUCUUCUAAAGAGUUAAAACCACAUUCAACAUCUCUUCUCAACAACACGAUAACAGCUCCUGUGAGGAGCUUAAUGAGAAAGGACAAAAAUUAAUUACUGUAACAACUUGCAAUAAAAAGCAGACGUGUACUACCUGUUUUUUAUGAUCGUGUACCAAACAGUCAGACAGACACUUCCUCACCGUCCUAGGUAGUAGUAACAUCUGAUGUUUUUCCUCAACCUAUUCAUUUUUAAGAGCAAGGAGAAUACACAAGAUUUUACCGUGAAUCACCUCAGAGAGCAUUAUGACGGGACAUGUGGACAGAGAUGUAAUGACAUCAUACUGGUGUUACUUUUGUGCAGGAGAUUCAGGAUCUUCUGUUGGUGGACUGUACCGUGCUGAGAUACACACACUGGAGGGUUCUUAAAUUCUUUGUGCUGAACCGAUAAACCUGGUAGUAGAAAGUAUUUUUUUGACUGUCCACGAGUAUGACUGUAUAUGCGUGUGAGCGUGAUUGUGUGUUUGUAUUGGUUAUCAUUUGUAUGGGGUAAUUCUCUGUGCAGGGGUUGAACAAACCCACCCCUUAUUUCCUGUGUGAGGAACACUAAGAGUAUUUAUUAAAAUAAUUGUUACA